CAGGUGAAGAGCUCAAAGAGGAGCUCUUCUUGUCCUUCCAAUCCGCUGGGAUUCUCGGGCGUGUCAAGAGCCAGCUGCGAUCGGCAUUGAUUCACAAGCUCCGGGGAGACGACCAUUCGCUGUUUGAUCCAUCGAUGCGGGCAAGGCCAUCGCUCCAGGAUCGGAUCUUAGCGAGCACGUUUGUGGAGUAUCUGGAGGCCUACGGCUUUAAGUUCACCCAGUCGGUGUUCUUCCCGGAGAGCCAAUUGGACUCUUGGCCACCAUUCUCGCGCGAUGAAGUGGUGCAAAUCCUUCGUCUCGAUCUAGCACCAUUCUGGAUCACAAAAGAGGUCUCGGGGGAACGCAGCUGUCUUGCACAGCAGUUGAUCGCCAUUGUCCAGCAUUUUCUUUCCUCGGCAAGCACUCGAGAUUCCUCGACCCAAACUGAGGAGAUUGGUCCCAAGAAGCUCGAUGCCUGGCUCAAGGAGAUCGACGACGCUUUCAAAAAGAAGCUGGAGAAAGAACAAGAGAUUAGCUCGUCAAGGACAGCAGAGGAGCGAGUGACAAAACUGCACCGAGAUUUUGACAAACAAGUACGAGCUGAAGUUGAUGCUCAGGUGAAAAGAAUUCGCGAGGUCGAAGUUGCGCAAGCCAGGAUGGAUGAAGCUGCUUCAUACCGUCGGCAGCUAGCUAGUGCUCGAAAGGACUUGGAUGACAUGCAAAGGACGCUGCGGGAGCAAUUGGCUCAACAAGAGGCGACGCUCGAGGAGAGGUUUCAAGCCAAGCAGAGAGAAGUUGAGUUCUUGGCCUAUCAACAGCGCCAACGAGCUCUAGAGACCACAGAAGAUAUUCGUACACGCACUGAUAAGCUCAAACUUGACACCGAAGUUCAGGAGAGAGGCUGGCAGAGAAGAGAGGAGGCUUUGCAAGCGAGGGAAAUGCAAGUGAAGAUCCGGGAAGAAGAUGCAAACCAUCUCAAGGAGUUUCUUCACUCCCAGGCAGAAGAAGUUCUUGCAAUGAGAAAAAACCAACUUGAAAAGGAAUACCAGAGCCUUCGCGAGAAGCUGUUGAUGGAACGCUCGACACUGGAAGCCGAGAAAAACCAAUUAAACGAGGAGAGACGAGCCAUUACCUCGUCAAGAAACGAUAAAGAGCUCAUCCAGGCGCUGUAUCGUCGGCUCUCGGCCGAAGAGGCGCAAAGAAAAUCACUGCUCGUGAGAAUCAACGAGCUCACAGCCGCUGGAUCUCCCGUUUGAAUUCCAACCGUCGGAUCCGAAUCUCCGCAUGAUGCCCAAAAGGAAGAUUCCAUCCGUUUCUUUUA